CUCUUUUGCCAGCCAGGAGGCCAGGAGCUUCUCCCAACUACAUAAUACACUCAUAAAAUUACAAAAUUACUCUUUUCUUAUUGCAAAUAAGUACUCUCUCUAGCCGUUCGGUGGCCUAUUAAUUCAAUCCUACUCCAUCAUCAGGCUCUUCUCUCAUAAAUUCCUUGCCUUUCACUCCCAAAUUAUCAACCACAUCUCAUCUUAAUACGCACCCAUCUCUCCAAUCCCAAAGAGACAUCUUCAAUACACAACCAAAUUGCUGCUAUAUAUAUCUAUACCUACAACACAUAUACUCUGAUCAUCUCAUACUUCCUUUGCUUUUUUGCACCAUUAUUUCAUUUUUGUCAUUUCAAUGGCCUGCUUGGCCCUGCCGAUUUCCAUAUUCAGAAAGAGGUGCAUGGGGUCACGGCUAGGCUACCGGCCUUUAACCGAAGAUGGGUUUGGCGAGAUGGAGAGUCCGGUGACGGUGGUGGUCGGGAAGGAGAAGAGGGAGUUCCUGGUCGACCCUUUUGUGCUGGAAGAGAGCCCUUUUCGGGUUUUGAUCGAGACGAUGAACAAGAACAAGGAGAGGGUGAACUUUCGUGAUCGUAGACCUGUGGUCUAUGGCAAGGAGAGGGUGGUUUUUGUGGAUGUCGAUGCUAUUCUGUUUGAGCAUAUGUUAUGGUUGUUGUAUAAUGAUUGCUCUUCUUUGUUUAAGCUCAAUCUCAAAGAGAUUAUUGACUUCUAUGCUCAAGAUUAUUAGAGAGAGAUAGAGGAAGAGACAGAGACCAGAGGUAGCCACAUGAAACUGAGGUACCCUGCUCACUGAUAUGAGAACCCAUCGGCCAUAUAGCUGUAGUUCUUGCUGUAAAGAAAAUAAUUGACAUGAAGAUAUAUUUAUACAUGACACAUUAUUAAUUAUUAUUA